GCGUUGGCUGGCGGGCGCCCAAUCCCGGGCCAUGCCGCCGGAGCCUGCCAGGACGCCCGGUGAAAGACGAGUUUGGUGGAAGGCUUGACCCCGGGCUGCCAGCAGAAGCCGGCGUCGGGAGUCCAGACAGUGGGGCCGCUGUGGUGCGAGCCGCUGGGCUGCAGCUGCGGGAGGCGCCGGGGACCCCCCAGGUGCGGAGGGAAGAAGGAGGCAUGGCUUCGGUGUUCAUGUGUGGGGUGGAGGACCUGGUGUUCAGCGGCAGCCGCUUCGUGUGGAACUUGACCGUGUCCACGCUGCGGAGAUGGUACACAGAGAGGCUGCGGGCUUGCCAUCAGGUGCUGCGGACAUGGUGCGGGCUGCGAGACGUGUACCAGAUGACAGAAGGCAGGCACUGCCAGGUGCACCUCCUGGAUGACAGGAGACUGGAGCUGCUGGUGCAGCCCAAACUUUUGUCAAGAGAGUUGCUGGACCUAGUGGCUUCACAUUUCAACCUGAAAGAAAAAGAGUACUUUGGAAUAACGUUUAUAGAUGAUACAGGUCAGCAGAAGUGGCUACAAUUAGAUCACCGCGUUCUUGAUCACGAUUUGCCCAAGAAACCAGGCCCAGCCAUUUUGUACUUUGCCGUGAGGUUUUACAUUGAGAGCAUAUCGUUUUUAAAGGAUAAAACUACCGUGGAGCUGUUUUUCCUGAAUGCAAAGUCCUGCGUGCACAAGGGCCAAAUCGAAGUAGACAGCGAAACCAUCUUCAAGUUAGCAGCACUCGUUUUACAGGAAGCCAAAGGAGAUUAUACCAGUGAUGAAAAUGCCAGGAAAGAUUUAAGGACACUACCAGCCUUUCCAACCAAAACUCUUCAGGAGCACCCAUCCCUUGCUUACUGUGAGGACAGGAUAAUUGAGCAUUAUUUGAAAAUAAAAGGUCUGACUCGAGGUCAAGCUGUGGUUCAGUAUAUGAAAAUAGUAGAAGCCCUACCAACUUAUGGGGUCCAUUACUAUGCAGUGAAGGAUAAACAAGGAAUUCCUUGGUGGCUUGGAAUCAGCUAUAAAGGAAUUGGCCAGUAUGAUUUACAAGAUAAAGUGAAGCCUCGGAAAUUAUUCCAAUGGAAACAGCUGGAGAAUUUAUAUUUCCGUGAGAAAAAAUUUGCUGUUGAAGUUCACGAUCCACGAAGGGUUUCAGUGUCAAGAAGGACCUUUGGGCAAAGUGGCCUCUUUGUGCAGACCUGGUAUGCAAACUCUUCUCUCAUCAAGUCCAUCUGGGUGAUGGCAAUUAGUCAGCAUCAGUUUUACUUGGACCGGAAGCAAAGCAAAGCAAAAAUUCCUUCAGCCAGGAGUUUAGACGACAUUGCAAUGGAUUUGACAGAGACGGGAACACCAAGGGUCUCCAAACUGGUGUCGCUGGAGGCAAAAAAUCAGUUCAUCAUGGCAAGCAAUGGCAGUUUAAUCUCCUCAGGUUCCCAAGACUCAGAGGUUAGUGAGGAGCAAAAGAGAGAGAAAAUUCUGGAACUCAAGAAGAAGGAAAAGCUGUUGCAAGAAAAACUCCUGCAAAAAGUCGAGGAGCUUAAGAAGAUCUGCUUGCGGGAGGCUGAACUCACUGGCAAAAUACCAAAGGAGUAUCCACUGAAUGUAGGCGAAAAGCCCCCUCAGGUCAGAAGGCGUGUGGGCACUGCGUUCAAAUUAGAUGACAACUUGCUGCCAAGCGAAGAGGAUCCAGCUUUGCAAGAACUGGAGAGCAAUUUCCUAAUACAGCAGAAGCUAGUUGAAGCUGCAAAGAAGCUUGCCAACGAGCCUGACCUUUGUAAAACCGUGAAGAAGAAACGGAAGCAAGACUACACAGAUGCAGUGAAAAAGCUGCAGGAGAUUGAAAAUGCAAUAAAUGAAUACCGAAUUCGAUGUGGAAAGAAACCCAGCCAGAAGCCAGCAGUUAUUUUACCAGAAGACAUAAUCCCAUCAGAGAGUAGCUCCUUGUCCGACACAACCGCCUAUGAUGAUCCCAACGACUCCUUUACUCUGGCUGGGCAACGUUCGAGUUCGGUCCCUCAUUCUCCAAGGAUUCUUCCCCCCAAGUCUCUCGGAAUUGAGCGAAUCCAUUUCAGAAAGUCAUCUAUCAAUGAACAGUUUGUGGAUACCAGGCAGUCCAGGGAAAUGCUGUCGACACACAGCAGCCCUUACAAAACUCUGGAGAGGCGGCCGCAGGGAGGACGAAGCAUGCCCACCACUCCGGUCCUUACCCGCAACGCCUACAGCAGCAGCCACUUGGAGCCCGAAUCUUCAUCUCAGCACUGCCGCCAGCGGAGUGGAAGCCUGGAGUCCCAGUCCCACCUGCUGUCUGAGAUGGACAGCGAUAAGCCAUUUUUCUCCCUCUCCAAAUCCCAAAGAAGCAGCAGCACCGAAAUCCUUGAUGACGGGUCUUCCUACACCAGCCAGUCAAGCACGGAAUACUACUGUGUGACGCCAGUUGCCGGCCCGUAUUACACCACCCAGACUCUGGACACUAGGGCCAGGGGUCGGAGAAGGUCAAAGAAGCAGAAUGUUUCUACUUCAAAUUCAGGAAGCAUGCCCAACCUAGCACAAAAGGAUAGCCUGAGGAACGGCGUCUACUCCAAGAGUCAGGAACAACCCCCUUCCAGUUACUAUAUUGCGGGGUACACGCCAUAUGCAGAGUGUGAUCUUUAUUACACUGGCAGCUAUGUGUAUGAAAAUGACACUGAAGGACAAUACAGUGUCAAUCCUUCCUACCGGUCCUCAGCCCACUAUGGAUAUGACCACCAAAGGGACUACAGUAGGUCCUUUCAUGAAGACGAGAUGGACCGGGUGCCUCAUAACCCAUAUGCAACUCUCCGGCUGCCGAGGAAGGCAGCUGCUAAAUCGGAGCACAUCACCAAAAAUAUCCACAAGGCCUUAGUCGCAGAGCAUCUGCGUGGCUGGUACCAGCGGGCCUCUGGGCAGAAGGAUCAGGGCCACAGCCCACAGACUAGCUUUGACUCAGACAGGGGAUCACAGAGAUGCCUGGGGUUUCCUGGGCUGCAAGUACCUUGUUCUCCAAGCAGUCGGGCAUCAUCCUACUCUUCAGUGUCUUCUACAAAUGCCUCUGGAAACUGGAGAACCCAGAUAACUGUUGGGGUAUCUGACUAUGAAGCUCCACAUUCUCCUUACACCAGCUGCUAUGGAAAUGUGUACAAUCCUUUGCCCUCUCCAGGCAGACAGUACACAGAGACCCAUCAACUGGACAGUACAGCUGGAAACCGGUUGGAGGACAGCCUGGGGGGUAGUGAGCAGAGGCUCUUUUGGCAUGAAGAUUCAAAGCCUGGAACAUUAGUCUGAACUGCAGUUGGACCACGUGACCAAGCACUGCGUUCUCACACUAGUGUGCCUUGCAAUAUGUGUUCGUCUUCCCAGAAGGCUGCUGGCAUCAAAGGUUGAAGAGAAGACUUAGUUGCCCUCGAAGUGAGUCUCACACGAAGCAGUACAAAGCCGCUGAAGAUGACUUGCCUUUCAAACUCCGGGCGGUAACCUAACAGAGCAAGGUCUGACCACACCUGGAACCAUUGCCAAGAGAGGACUCAGCUUGAAGCCUUUAUCAAUAGCAAGCACUUUUUAAGAGAAUGAAAGUUGUUGAAGGCAAACCUCAAAACUGAAAAGUGUGGUCAGGUCUUCAGUAGGAAAGAAGGAAAGGGGAAAUUUCAGAGCACAAUUCAAAAUGAUGAGAGGAGGUAAAUCAGAAGCUCCUUAGUCAUUGCUCACUGUUACAAAGUUUGAAUUUGUGAGCUGACAGAGGAGAACAUGCUAUUUCUACACAGACGUGAACAAUUUAGACAGUAUUGGAAAAUUACUUGAAGAGAGAGGCUGGAUUUUCAUGAAGUUCUGAAUGAGUGUAAAUGUUUUUAGGGUAUUAUAGAGUGAUGUUUUUCAUAAGCACCGUAAAAUGGGUUCUGGAAAGACUUAUUGCUGUAGCAUCUUGUAAUAUAACUUUUGUGGUAGCAGAUUGGGGAAAAUGAAGCAGUUCACUGAAUAACUGACAAACCCUGCUUGGAGAAUUUUCUAAGGUACCAUAUCAUUGAGCUCCUUUUUUCUUUCCACACCAAAGGCAUAACGUACUAUUGUUAUUCAGGCUGGUAACGCUCCCGUUUGGCUGUCAUUGGCCAUGGCAAACUUGACACAGAAAGUUUUUAUAAUCAUGAGUUUCAAAAGGUAUUUUAAGGUGAUACAGAAAGAACCCGAACCAACAAAAACCACAUUCUUUUAGAUGAUCGUGUGCCUUAAAAUGGUGAACAUUAGAAAAUUAAACGUAUCGUCUGGGUUCCGCAGGUAGCUCUACAUCACCAAAUGACAAAAAAAGAUUAGUUAUUUAAAGAAAAAAAACAACACUAGUACUGCAAGCCGCAGUAGACCUGAUUAUGAGGCUAUAACUACCUCAUGCUUUCUUUGGAGGAACUAAUUAGCUGUGGUUUAUUGUGGGAUUUUUUUUUUUUAAACAAAUGAUUUCCAUAUUCCAAAUGGAUUCUUUUUUGUCAUCUUUACUCUGCUUCAGAAUUCCAUAAAAGGUGCUCCUUUUCACCCGCUUUUAUACAGGUUCCUUGUUCAUAUUGUGAAUAGAAAUGUUUCUGAACAACUUUUUUGGAACAUUUUCUAUCUCUAGCCCAAAGCAUGUAAUAUAUACAUAAAGACGAUUUGUUAAACUGGUCCUUAGUCAUUUGUAUCAUUAGAAAUGAACUUUGGGGGAAAAAAAAAAGACACGCAAAAAAAAAAGUAAUAACUUAUUCCUUUUUGCAUAUUUGUAUAGACUCCUAGAAACAGAAAUACCCUUCUGCCUAUUCUUUUACUGUUCUGACUAUUUUAAGACCUAUUUUUUUACAUAGGUCAAUAAACUAAAGGUGUGCUACUGAAAA